UUUGCAGAGGCCCCUGGUCGCAGCAAUAACCGUGCUUCGGCUCUUUCCAAUGACCAGGGGCACGCCAACACCCAAAAGCCGUCGGACACCCAAAAGCCAUCGGUCUGAUGGCUUUUGGCAUUACAGCGUUUGCUGUACCAUACCCAAUAAUCAACCUUUAAAAAACCGUUCAUUAAAUAGAGGUAUUUUUGUAGGGGCUCUUUUAGUGAGAUCAGAUUAUCCUUUGUUUUGCUAUUAUUUUUUAAUUUAUUAAAAUUUAUUUUAUCAACUGGAAUAUCUUUUCUUUCAUAU